AACGACCCGUUUUGCCUAGCAAAGGUCUGGCAUUCUGUGGUUGUUCUGGUAAUCCUACAUUGUCAACCUUUAAAUAAAUCUGUGUGCUGUCUCAUGAUCAGAAUGUUCCCGAUGAGGGCCUUGUUGCAGAAGGACCAAGCAAUCAGUCAUCUUUAGAAUGUUUGAGAGGAAAGCAUCUUGUCAGUCCAAUAAGAGAGCACCUGCUUCAGGACAGACCCAACAGAGAUUCAUCAGAGCCUGCCGGAGAGGGAGUCUCCAGAAAGACCCACCCAGUGCUAGAAUUGCCACCCUCCACCUACUCACACCGCACUUUUCAAUUUUGUGGGGAUCAACAAGAUAUGCAAAUCGGACCAGAAGCACAGGACAUGUUAGAGAAGCAACCAGGAUCCAAUGUGCCUGCUACUCCACCUCAUCAGCAAGAGACACCAAACCAACAGGCAGAGACAUUUUUGUUGGAUGGAGAUGAUCCAGCGUAUCCUGGAGCUCCACUGACAAAGGGACAAAGUUUAAUCUUACUGAUGUCUUAUGUACUAAGGCACAAUGUGACAGGUGUGGCACUUGAACAUCUACUGAAGAUUGUCAAUGAACAUUUCCCUGGAAUGGUACCAGUAACCACAUACCUUUUUCACAAAGCUUAUGGACAAUAUGGAAAUUAUGUCCCCCAUUUUUACUGUCCAGCAUGUGAAAACUACUUAGGGGUAAAUAAUACCAGUGAACUAAUGUGUGGUGCUUGUAAUGCAGUAACUGAUUCAGAGAGCUGUCUCAAAAGUGGGUGUUUCUUUCUAGUGCUUAGUUUGGCUUCACAAAUCAAAACAUUGCUUGAACAAAACCAAGGUUUAAAAAAAGACUGGCAAUGUGCAGAUGUCAUUUCAGAUAUACAGUGUGGAGAAGAGUACCAGAAACUCAAAGAAUCAGGUGAAUUAGGUGAGGAUGACAUAACUUUAAUUUGGAACUGUGAUGGAAUUCCAGUUUUCCGGAGUUCAAAGUAUCAAAUCUGGCCCAUUCAGUGCCAGGUUAUAGAACUCGAACCUAAAGAACGCAAGGCAAAUAUCUGUCUUCCUUGUCUCUGGUUUGGCGAGAAGAAGCCAAACUUCUUAACAUUUUUGAAGCCAUUUGUUAAUGAACUGCAAAUUUUACAACAAAAUGGCAUUAAAUGGAAGGACUCAGCAAAUGUACAACAUGUAUCCAAAGUGUAUGCUCUGAUAUGCAGUUCAGAUUCAAUUGCUCGACCACUUCUAAGAAACACCAAACAGUUUAAUGGCUUUUAUGGAUGUGAUUUUUGUUACCAUGUUGGUGGUGGUCCUUACACAAACAAAGGCCCAAAACCACAUCUUAGAACUGAAGCUAAGCAUUUUGAUCACGCAAUGGCUGCAACACCAGACAGUCCUGUAAUGGGAGUGAAAGGACCUUCACCAUUAAUGAAACUCUCAAAGUUUCAAAUGAUAAAUGGAUUUGUUCCAGAGUAUCAGCAUUGUGUCUGCCUUGGUGUGACAAGACAAUUAGCAAAACUGUGGUUUGACUCAAAAAAUCAUAACAAAGAGUGGUACUUAGGAGCAAAAUCAGACCGCAUUGACAAAGAGCUCAUUGCAAUUCAACCCCCUGUUGAGAUAACAAGAGUACCACGAUCUGUGGCAGACAGAAAAUAUUGGAAAGCGUCAGAGUGGAGGUCAUUCCUGUUAUUCUAUGCCCUGCCUUUACUGAAUGGGGUCUUACUAAAGAAGUUCUGGAACCACCUUUUUCUGUUUGUGUUCGCAAUGCACAUUCUUUUGGGAGAAAAGGUGAAACGCUGUGAUAUUGAAGUAGCUGAAAGAGCUCUCAAGAAGUUCUCACUGCAGUUUGAGAAGUUAUAUGGUGCCUCAAAUAUGACAUUUAAUGUCCAUCUUCUGACACACCUUGCAGCAAGUGUUAGGAACUGGGGUCCUUUGUGGGCCACAUCAACCUUUUCCUUCGAAUCAUUUAAUGGCACUUUGUUACAGUACUUCAAUGGGACAACACAUGUUCCAGAGCAAAUAGUUAAAAGAUUUCUUUGCUGGAGGAGUCUAACACAAAAAGCCGAAAAGUACAUGGUAGACGCUAAUGAAGGGGUGAAAUGCAUUUUUUCACAUCUCCUAAACAGCAAUGUAUCAAGUUCUAAUUCAUCUAGCCUGGAUGAAAAUGUCAGGGUUUUUGGUAAUCCCUGUCAUCACAAACUGUCAGCAUUAGAAAAACUUGCUAUCAAAGACUUGCUAAGUGUUACAGUCGAACACUGUGUUUGUUAUCACCGUUUCAUUGUAAAAGGCACACUGUAUCAUUCCAGCAGUAACAGAAGUCUAAAAAAAAGGAUCAACUCAACAGUGGAGUUACAGGAUCAAAGAUUAUGUAGAAUUCUUUGCAUGUCAGUAUUCAGAGCAGGCGAUUUGUCAUUGCACUGUAUAUUGGUAAAGGAGCUUGUGAAGACUGAUGGACAGCUCUGCAAGGAUAGUGAACUGAACAUUGCUUCCAGUUUUAUGUCUGAGGUGUCAGAAUCUAGGAAUGUUUAUGCGGUGCCCACUGACCUGUUCCACAGGAAAUGUGUUUUGAUCCAAUCAAGAGACAAACAAUAUGUUAUUCCUCUACCAAAUAAUGUAGAGAGAGAUUAAAUAGUUACUGGGGAAGUUUGAGAAAAAAUGCUGAAACCACUGCCAAAUUGUAAGAAAUAGGGACUACAUUCUUGGUGUGCCUUAAAACUAGUGUCCAAAAAUGGCAAAUUCAGAGUAUUAAAUCUGUAAAAAUUAUAAGGCACAUGGGCAAGCACACACAAAGACUGUGCUGUUAAACAGUUAUACUAUAACAGUUGUGGUAUAACAAAAUACAAACAAAAUUGUGGCCUCAAAAUGUUGAACUUUAACAGACGGUUUCCAUGCAAAAUCAAAGACUUUCAAAAGGUUAAUUUUUCUGUCAAGCAGCAAAGCAAAUUUCCUGUUAUCUGCACAUCUUAAUAUGUUCAUAAGUCUAAUAUGUUUUCUGAUUGCUGUCAAAUGUAAGUGAAACAAU